AGACCAACUGAUGGCUUUGAGGACGGCGUGCAUAUGUCCCACGCUGUGCCCUAUUCUUACAUAGCUUAAACGGGGAAUAAUUGAAUCGUGCCAAUGUCAAAACUCGAGCUGGGUGAUCUCCUCGCUGAGGUACUCCCGAAGGAUGUGGGGAUCACCGUUCGCCAUGUCUCGACGACCCCAACCCAGUGCGACGCUAUCUUUUCGGCUCCUCCAGGAGAAGAGCCUGAAGUUACAUAUCGUGAAAGUCAUUUUCUAACCAUUUCUAUCAAACCUGGUGAGAAUGAAUGCCGCGAUAUCCUGGUCUUUGGCAUGGAGGUUUUGGUCUAUAGCACAGAUCGCCUUACGACCCUCUUUGUCUCCAAAGCCGAUUCUACCGGGUACCUGCAUCUGCUGAAAGCUCCACCGAAACUAUCUCUGCUCAGGACCAUUUCGACGACUUUUUUGUCGUAUUUGGUGAAGACCCGUCAGCGUCCCGGCAUCCGUCUGGUCUUGUCAUUGUUCGCGCGCGCGCAGAACCAGUACUUGUUUCCCGGAAGCAUUGACAAUUCAGGGAAGCAUAUUCUCGACGACAGAGGUCUGAUCAAAUGGUGGUGUCGCGCAUUCGAUCCCAUUCUGAGAGAACAUGAACCGGAAUCGUCGUCAAAGGAUAAGGCUAUACUCGACCAGACCGUCGAAUCUGCCAAAAGCUCCGCUACUGCCUAUUUGAUUGUACCGGGAUGCGACAAAUUCGAAACGAGGGCCUUCUUCCCGCCAACAGCAAAGACGGAUGAUCCAAACCGGCCAAGAUGGGUAAACUCGUAUCCAUUGCAUCAGAUUUGCAUGAAUCCAGAGGCUCCUCCGAGGUGCCUCGUGCCUCGAUUCCCUGAUGAUCCCAAAGCGCGCUUUCUCGAAGACUUGGACGAUGAGCUACCGACAUCAACGGAUGCAGGGAAUUCCUCUGAGACUGCCGGACAAUGGCGAAGCGUCAAGUCCUUGAGCCAAUUCUGGGAGCUGAUGGCUUUCCGGCAGGAAUGCUCGGCGGGAAGGCUUGUUGGGUUCUUAUGGUUGGUUGUCAACCCUCCAGGACUCAUCAAUUCAGAUGAUAUGGCUGGACACCAGACACGGACUUCUGCCGACGGUGUUCUUUUAUCUACUACACUUCCCACAGGGGAGGCGUCAGAAACAAUCGUCAAUCCAUCCGCUCCUUCUGGCGCAACACAAGAAGCAUUGGAAAAUCCUGUUCCACCGGAGAGUACUGAGGAUAAGGACAAACUUUCAGCUGCAAUCCCUCAGUUACCCAACGUAUCAGAAAGUAUCCCGCCUUCAAAUUGUACUGGUGGUACACACGCGUUCCAUUGGCCUGAAGCUGGCCGUGGACAUGUGGUCCUGAGUGACCGUGAUUAUAAGACUGCAAACGACUGUCUCAUUGAUCAAGACUUUGAAACGCAAGAACUUGCUGUGGCUAGUACGAAGACAUGGGUUGACAAAGUUGCCUCUCUCGCAGACGAGUUGAUCUGGGGUGAACGCGUGGUGGGAAAGAAAUCUAUCAACGAGGGUUCUUCGAGUCAGUCUGAGACGGCCAAUCUCAUGGAUAUCGGCCUCGUCCGCAAAAGGAAGAAGGAGGCAAAGGAUGACAACACCGCUGCCAAAACGGCAAGUGAUGCAGCUGGCCCAGAAGCUGCAGACAUAACAUCUAAGCCAGAUGGUUCCCAACCAUCGGGAACCGUUAAUGUUCUUAAUGCCAACUUCAUCAGGAAAAAGAAGAAGACAUGACGGAAAUUCGAGUCCAUAUCUAUUCGAGGAGGUUCGGAGUUCUAUCGGUUGUUUUAAAGAAAAAGCGAACCGGCUUUAGCGUGGAGUUGGAAGGGGAAGGGCGUUGGGAGGUCCAGGAGUUUCAUGCUGGCCUUCUUACAGGAUAUCCGCGGGAUUUGGGUGGUGAUUUUUGAUUGUCUUGUUUUUCUGCGUAACUCCUCAAUCUAAGCGUUAACUAGUUACCUAUACUAAAAUCGGAGAUGGUGCUAUCAAGGCUCAUACUCUAGGUUCCAGUACGGUUAGCCGCUAAUCCGUAUUACUAUUCCAUAUUGAUCUAU